GGGCGGGCGGCGCCACCGCAGGCGGAGGGGGCGGAGCCGCGCUCGCAGCUGCCACCCGGCCGCCGGGCCCAGGCAGACGACACCGCCCGCGGCCGGGGACGGACCGCGCGCACACACUCUCCAAACAAUGCUCCGAGGCGCUCGGCGGGGCGGCGGGCGGCUCGGAGACCAGCGGCGAGGCCGGGGGAGCGCGGCCCCGAGUCACAGCGUCAGACUCGAAUUGAUCAUGCCCCCGUCCUCUGGCAGGGGAGGUCUCUGAUGAGGAGUUUCUGCCUUUCCAGGAAGCCGCCCUGUGAGCCCCAUCCGCCUCCCCUGAGACCACGGCAGGGAGCCAGGCGCAAGAUGAACCAGCACCCCGCCUGCUGCUCAAGAUGCACCAGACCAUCCCAGUGAACCCCGAGAGCCCGAAAAUGUCUGCGUGCAGCGACUUUGUGGAGCACAUCUGGAAGCCCGGGUCCUGCAAAAACUGCUUCUGCCUGCGCACCGACCACCAGCCGGCACCCGGCCGCCCCCAGCCCCGAGCCGGCAGCCUGCCCCCUCCGCCUCGCCUGCCCCCCAGGCCCGAGAGCGGCCGCCCGGAAGAUGAAGGCCUGAGCAGCUCGCCCUACUCCAAGCCCACCAUUGCCGUGAAGCCCACCAUGAUGAGCUCCGAUGCCUCCGAUGGGUGGACAGAGGCUGGCAUGAGUGCCGACGUUGCGCAGGUCAUCUGGAGACGAGCCCCCGGCAAGCUCCCCCUCCCGAAGCAGGAAGAUGUGCCAGUAGUUUACCUGGGCAGCUUCCGAGGCGUCCAGAAGCCUGCUGGGCCCUUGGCCCCGGCAGACGGGGGGCACCCUCGCUGCCCCCCUGCCUAUGCCAUGGUCGGCCUGCACAGCCUAGAGCCCCGGGGGGAACGGAGUGUCGCCUUCCACCCAGUGAGCUUCCCCGAUGAGAAGCUUGGACGAGAAGAUAAACCCACGAUUCCCUACCAAGAGCUGACCUCCCCUCAGGAGAGCUUCCGCCAGAAACUGGCUGCCUUUGCUGAGAUGACCUCUGGCUGCCACAAGGGCCCCAGGCCCUACCCCUCUGCACAGCCCCUGCGGGAAUCCCUGCCCUCGGAGGAUGACAGCGAUCAAAGGUGCUCGCCCUCAGGGGACAGCGAAGGGGGAGAAUACUGCUCCAUCCUGGACUGCUGCCCUGGGAGCCCAGGUGGUCAGGACGCCUCACAGGCUGAGGACUCCGGGCGCAGACAGGGCUGCAGGGACUGCUCGCCGGCCUGCUGGGAGCAGGGGAUGUGCUCGAAGCCAACCGAGGAGGAGAGGCGGGCUUUGAGCUUCCCCAGGGAGUGCCGCAGCCAGGGCCUGACAGAGAACCCACCCCGCCUGGGCCCCAAGAAGCAGUCCCUCACCUCAGAGGCCGCCAGCUCCUCGGAUGGCCUCUCCUGCGGGAGUGCCAGUAGCCGCGCCAGCAGCCCCCUGGUCCCCCAGCACGAGAGCGAUUCCUGCUCCCUCAUGAAGGCACCUGGGCCGGGGAAGCAGCAGGACUCUGGCUGCCACGGGGUGGCCUCCAGCAGGUGCCUGGGGCUGACUGGGGAGCCCCAGGCCCCAUCCCACCCCGGGGAGACUGCACAGCCUGAACCCAUCUAUGCUGAGAGCACCAAGAGGAAGAAGGCUGUUCCAGUUCCUUCCAGGCCACAGGCCAAGGCAGAACAGGCAGCAGCUGCCCAGGGCCAGGGCCAGGUGAGGAUGGCUAACACCUGGGCUCAGAAAACAGCGUCUGGCUGGGGCCAGGACAGGGAAGGCCCAGAGGUGGCCCCCCAGGUGGCGGCCACCAUCACAGUCAUGGCGGCCCACCCAGAAGAAGACCACCGGACAAUCUACCUGAGCAGCCCUGACUCCUCGGUGGGGGUGCAGUGGCCUCGCGGGCCCCUGAGCCAGGCCCCUGAGGCAGGCGAAGGGGAGCCUUCGGCUGGGCAGGGGCUCAGCUCGAGGGAGAGCCGCCAUCACGGUGCCAGUGAGAGCACGCCCAAGGGGAGGCCUGCCAUCCCUCCCAAGCUGUCCAAGAGUAGCCCCGGAGGGUCCCCAGUGUCCCCAUCGGCCUCCCCCCAGCCCAACCUCAGCGAAGGCAACUCGGGUGUCACUGGGCCCCAGCCUCCAUCCAGGGGCCCCGCUGACCCUGCUUCCUCCUGCCGGGCCAACGGUGUCCCUGCCAGCGACUCUGCCAGGGGCCCCCCGCCCGCCACUGCCACGUCAGCCUCGGACCAGAGGCGGCCCCGGUACCAGACCGGCGCCUGGAGCCGCCAGUGCCGGAUAGAGGAAGAGGAGGAGGUGGAACAGGACUUGCUGAGCCAAAGCUGGGGGAGAGGGGUGGACGGUGGCCCCACGGGCCCAUGCAGCUCCUCCACCUGGCUCCGUCCCCGCCCCACAGAUGGCGCCUCUGGGCCAAAGAGCAAAGCCGGGACCGGGAUGAGCAAAUCGGCCUCGUUUGCCUUUGAGUUCCCCAAGGACAAAAGUGGGAUCGAGGCAUUCUCGCCUCCCCCGCCGCCUCCGAAGUCACGGCACCUUUUAAAAAUGAACAAGAGCAGCUCUGAUUUGGAGAAGGUGAGCCAGGGCUCUGCUGAGAGCCUUAGCCCAUCCUUCAGGGGCGUCCACAUCAGCUUCACCACGGGCUCCACAGACAGCCUGGCCUCCGACUCCAGGACCUGCAGCGACGGAGUUACACACAGCGCAUCCGCAUGGCAGCAAGGUGGGAGGAGGCUGAAGUUGGAAGCAUAUCGAAAGACUCCUGAUUCCUUGGGUCCAUCAUCUGAGCUGACUCACUCGCCCACCAGCAGCGGGAAGGAGCUCUUCAGCCCUGUUCCCUUCCCUUCGGGCUCCACUGAGGAUGUGUGCCCCGGUGGCCCCCUGCAGCCCCCACCUCUCCCCCAGAAGAAGCUAGUGAGCCGGGCGGCCUCUUCUCCGGAUGGCUUCUUCUGGACCCAAGGCUCCCCCAAGCCAAGAACAGCAGGUCCCAAGCUGAACCUCAGCCACUCAGAAACCAACGUCUGUGUCCAUGACGAGUCCCACUUCAGCUACUCCUCAGGCCCCGGCAGCCGCCACCAGCACAUCUUCUCUGCUUCCGAGCCUCUGGAGAAAACGUUCAAAGACAAUGGCCCCUGGGGCCCAGCGCCAGGACUGGCGGGCAGCCAGAGCCUGCAGGGCAAAGGGGUCUCCUCGGCCGCGGCCUCCCAGCUGAGCGUGUCCAGCCAGGCCUCGGCGGGCAGCGCCCAGCUGCAGCUCCACAGCCUCCUGAGCAGCAUCAGCAGCAAGGAGGGCACCUACACCAAGCUGGGAGGGCUCUACGCCCAGUCCUUGGUCCGCCUCGUGGCCAGGUGUGAGGACCUCUUCAUGGGCGGCCAGAAAAAGGGGCUGCACUUCAGCGAGAAUAACUGGUCCCUGUUCAAGCUGGCCUGUAACAAGCCCUGCUGCGAUUCGGGGGAUGCCAUUUAUUACUGUGCCACCUGCUCCGAGGACCCCAGCAGCACCUACGCUGUGAAAAUCUGCAAAACCCCUGAGCCCAAAGCAGCCUCGUACUGCAGCCCUUCCGUGCCCGUGCACUUCAACAUCCAGCAGGACUGCGGCCACUUUGUCGCCUCGGUGCCCUCCAGCAUGCUUACCUCUCCCGAUGCGCCCAAGGACCCCCUGUCUGCCCUGCCUUCACAUCCCCCCGCCCAGGAGCAGGACUGCGUGGUGGUCAUCACCCGAGAGGUACCCCACCAGACCGCCUCGGACUUUGUGCAAGACUCAGCCACCAGCCACCAGUCUGAGCCCGAGGUUUACGAGCGGCGCGUGUGCUUCCUGCUUCUGCAGCUCUGCAACGGGCUGGAGCACCUGAAGGAGCACGGCAUCAUCCACCGGGACCUAUGCCUGGAGAACCUGCUGCUGGUGCACUGCGCCCCGCAGGCCUCCCCGGACCCCUCCUCCGCCACCUCCUGGGCCCCUCCCACCACCUUACCCCCCGCCCCUGCCGCUACCCCUUCCUCUUGCCCCUCGGCCGGCGUCACGCCCACCCCUCCGGCGGGCCCCGCCUGUCAGGGAGGGCCCGGCGAGAAGCACUUGCCCCGACUCAUCAUAAGCAACUUCCUGAAGGCCAAGCAGAAGCCGGGCGGGUCCGCCAACCUGCAGCAGAAAAAGAGCCAGGCCCGCCUGGCACCAGAGAUUGUGUCUGCCUCCCAGUACCGCAAGUUCGACGAGUUCCAAACGGGCAUCCUCAUUUACGAGCUCCUCCACCAGCCCAACCCGUUCGAGGUGCGGGCGCAGCUGCGGGAGCAGGACUACGGGCAGGAGGACCUGCCCCCACUGCCCGCGCUGUCCCUCUACUCGCCGGGCCUGCAGCGGCUCGCGCACCUGCUGCUGCAGGCCGACCCCAUCAAGCGCAUCCGCAUCGGCGAGGCCAAGCGCGUGCUGCAGUGCCUUCUGUGGGGACCCCGGCGGGAGCUGGUGGAGCAGCCGGGCACCUCCGAGGAGGCGCUGUGCGCCACGCUCAGCAACUGGAUCGACAUGAAGCGGGCCCUGAUGAUGAUGAAGUUCGCCGAGAAGGCGGUGGACCGCCGGCGCGGGGUGGAGCUGGAGGACUGGCUGUGCUGCCAGUAUCUGGCGUCGGCGGAGCCCGGAGCUCUCUUACAAUCGCUGAAGCUCCUGCAGCUUCUGUGAGGCAGCCCCCGUCCCACGUGCUGCCCCCAGCCCCGCCCUGCCUUGCCUUGGAAACAUCUGUGUCUCCUGGGAAAUGGUACAAAUGACUGUUGUACUUGGAUGUUAUAUAUAUGUGUGUGUGUGUGUGUGUGUGUAAGAUAUAAAUACAAAAGACUGAGGAUGUCACUGCCCACCCUGGUCUGGCCUCCUCUCCUCCCCUAGCCUUGAAAUUUUCGCCUACAAUUGUGUACAUUUCUAGCUUAUUGCAAGGUCCUGAGGACAGUGUGGCCAGCAGAGUGAAGCCUGGACUCUGGUCUCACUACCCCAUUAUGGGCUCUCUUUACCCUCUUGUCAAGUGGCUAUUUAAAAAAAAACCAAAAAACUCUCCAUUUUUAAUUAAAAUUUUCGGUUGACUCAUGA